AUGAUUCGGGGCAAAGAAGUUCCCAGGCGCAGAAGUAGCAUUCAAUCACAUUCGAUGAUUUCAAAAUCGAGUAAUGUAUCGAGAAUUGAAGAUGUUAGUCUGUUUACAGAAUCCAUCAAUGUUAUAGUAAGAUGCCGAGGCCGUGGAUACAUGGAUGAUGAACAAAACAGUCCAAAUGUUGUCUUUAUAGAUUCAGAAAAACCGCAUGAAGUGAAGAUUCAGGUGCCAGAAGAUCUAAAGGAAGAAAAGAUAGAGCCUUCGAGAACCUAUAGAUUAGAUCAAGUUUAUGGGCCAACGACCGAUCAAAUGACUUUUUUCCAAAAUGCAGCAGAAGGAAUAUGUGAUGAUUUUUUGAGAGGUUUUAACUGUACAAUAUUUGCGUAUGGUCAAACUGGUGCAGGCAAAACCUACACUAUGUGUGGAAAAGUUAGAGAUGAUUCUUUGACCCCUGAAAGCGGUAUAAUUCCCAGAUGCCUUAAGCGGUUAUUUGAACAUGAAACAGAUAACCUUAUUCUGAAAUGCUCAUUUGUUGAGAUAUACAACGAAGUACUGAAGGAUUUGUUAAGUGAUGGAAAAAAUGAUAAGAAUUUAUCAAUCUAUGAACACAAUAAAAUCAUAAAAAUCAAAUCACUGGAAGAGUUUUAUAUAAAAGAUUUUCAAGAUGCAAUGAGAACAUUCAGAAUAGGGCUUAAUAGAAAGAAAAUUGCCUCUACAAAAAUGAAUGAUAAUUCUAGUAGGUCCCAUACGAUUUUCACUAUACAUUUGAUGAAAAGAAAACCCAAUGGAUCAGAGUUUCAAUUUGCUAAAAUGAACCUAGUGGAUUUGGCGGGAUCAGAAAACAUUGCUAGAUCAGGAUCUGUCAACCAAAGGGCCAGGGAAGCAGGCUCGAUUAAUCAAAGUUUGUUAACAUUAGGGAGAGUUAUAAACUCUUUGGUAGAUGGUUCUAAUUUUAUACCAUACAGAGAAUCGAAAUUGACACGUUUACUUCAAGACUCACUAGGUGGAAAAACAAAGACUAUACUUGUUGCAAAUAUUGCUCCAACGUUGAAAGAUCUACAUGCCAGUGUUUCCACGCUAGAAUAUGCCUCGAAAGCUAAGAAUAUUCAGAAUUCAGCUCAAAUUGGCGGCAGUGUAAGUGAAGAAUUUGUGAUCAAUGAUUUGGUUGAGGAAAACAGGAAAUUGAAACUGGACUUGAUGGCUACUCGAAGACGAGAAAACUGUAUUGUCUUAGAUGAUUCAAACUACAAAGAAAUGUAUCUAUCACAGCAAACUCUUAAAGAAGAAGUCGAAGAGUUACGUGGAUUUAGAUUAUCAUUGUUGAAUCAACUUGAUAACCAAAUGAGGAAGCUUGAACAAGAGAAAAAUGAGAAUAUGGUUUUGAGUGAAAGCAUAUCUAAUUUGGAGACCAAGGUUGUUGAAUGUGAGAAUAAGAUCAGGAAACAACAAGAGAGCGAGCUUAUUUGGAGGCAUAAAUGUAAUGAACUCUAUUCAAGCUACUGUAAACAGUUAAGUUCGAUUUAUGAAUCUCAAAUUGAUAUGAGAGCUAUUUUAUCAAGCAAGAUUUUGACCUGUCUAGUUGAUAUUAACUCAAAUAUAGAAUUUGAAAAACCUAACCAUAAUGCAAUGUCAGGAAUUAGUGAAGAAUUGAGAAAGAUCUUUUCAAUGAUAGAAGAAUCAAGCAAACUUGAUAGCAUGUUAAAGUCCUCUAUAGUAAAUAUUGAGAGUACAUUGAGAGAAUUGAAAGGUGAUACCUUAAACUCAUUGGGUAGCAGUAAAAACUCGAUUUCAGAACUAUCAGCUAUUUUUAAUUCUCAAUUUACUAGUAAUAAUCAAUUUGGGGAAUUUCUUGAAACUUUUAUGGCGGAAGAAACUUAUCUUUCAGUAAUUCAAGACAGCAUGAGGGAACGGAUUGAUGCUUUCAAAGAGCAUUUUACACAGAAACUGGAAAACUUGAUUACUGAAAAUUUACAUGAUCAACAUUUCAGAAUCAUUGAAAAACUAAAUACAAAACUCAAACCACAGAAGCACAAGUGGUCUGAAGAUUCGUUACGGUUUAAAGUGAAACAUGAUUCUACUGCUGAUCAGUUAGACAAAACACUAGAAACAACACAACUAAAGUCUCAGGAACACAUAGAUAAACUCCUAUCCACCGUAAGGAACCACAAUGAAGUUCAAGCAGAACUGACCGAUUCUAUCUUGGGCAUUUCGCAAAUGGCUUCUCCAAUUCACGGAAGUCUUGAUAAGUUGAAUACUGACCUAUUAUAUAGGGAUGACCAGGCAACGUCUACUUUCAAUUACGUCAAAGAGAAUAUCAAUGAGCUGGAAAACAUAAUUUCGGAUGUUUUGAAUCGUGAUAAUGGUGGACUAGAAGAGUCUAAAAGCUCAGGUGUGCAAAAGUUAUAUGAUGUUUUAGAUAAAAGUUUACCUGGUACCCCAUUGAAAGAUCAGACUCAUACCCCUACCCAAAAACUGAAUACAAGCCCACUAAGAUCAAAUACGUCUAUAAAAGCAUUAGCGAGGUCUCCAUUGAGGGUUAAACGGCGCACUAAUGAGCUAGGUCCUAGCAAAAGGCAGAAAUAG